CGCGAUGCUGCCGAUCGUCAGUGACGGAAAGAAUAUAACAACACUGUAGCGACGGAGGAAGUUUGAUAUUAAUGACAUGAAUAGUGGACUAGAAAGAGAAGGAUUUAGUGAACUGUUUGCUUUAGUUUCUGACUUUUCGUCUGAACACAGCGUAAUCGCUGCAACCCUGAACAGAGGCAUGGUCCAGUUUCACACUGUUCCUUGUUGUGCAAAAUCGUCUGUCAAAAUCAUCUGCGGUUCUUCAAUGGUGCAUCAGGGUGCAUCGAGUGCAUUCUUGCAUUGUUUAUAUGUACCUCAAAAUAUUAAGUGCCGAAAAAAAAUUUGUAGGAGCCGCAAGCUAGUAAAUAAUGCCUACAGAAUGCUGCCGAAACCAUCCGAAGCGGCAGCUUCUGAUAGCAGUGGCCACAACGCACCGGUCGUCGAUUCACUGUCGCUGUCGAUGAUUGUUCUAGUGGCUCUGUUCUGGGGUGCCACUAACCCGUUCAUCCGACGAGGCAGCUUAGGUUACAACAAUCUCAAGUCGCCGACUAAGUUGGGUCAGCUCUGGCUGGAGUUGUGUUUUUUGCUUUCCCGCUGGCAGUAUCUACUUCCGCUGGCGCUAAACCAGUUCGGUAGUGUUAUAUACGUAUUUGCCUUACAGCGAUCGGAACUCUCACUGGUUGUUCCGAUGGCAAAUUCAUUAACUUUCGUGUUUACGGCCAUCACAGCGCGGUUACUUGGAGAACAAGUUAAUAAUUUUUUACAGAAACGUACGCUGGAAUGUUACUAGUCAUAGCGGGCACAAUUAUCUGCAGUGUUGAAAAGGUUUUAUGAUAACAUUCGAUAUCGUAGAUAAACUAAUAUUUUUCACACCCGGGAAUUAAAGUAAUAUAUUUGUUACAAAAAUAAAGACGAGAUAUUUGUACCAUUAUACUUUUAACUUUAA